AUGAAUCAGAUGGUUAAGCCACUUGCUGAAGCAGCCACUGAUUUUCCAAUUUUCUGGAGAAACUCAGAUCUUUGGUUUGCAGCUUUUUGCAUUAUGUUUAAUCCUUUCUUCUGGAAUGUUGUAGCACGGUGGGAAUACAGAACGCAUGCAAUCACACAUUGGUUUGGUUCAGCUGAGAGAGGCUGCUACGCACUUGCUGUUGUUAUUUGUCUUUUGGGAUUAUUUAGAGAUUACCGAUUUGAAGAGGCCAUCUCUGGCCAGCCUAUUGCAUUAGCCAUGUGCACUGAGAAUGUUCGUAUUUGUGGCACUUUUCUUAUCGUGGUUGGAACAGUUCUUGUCCUUAGCAGUACAUGGUCACUGGGGAUUGUAGGAACAUUUCUAGGGGAUUAUUUUGGUCUUUUGUUGAACAAGAAAGUCACACAUUUUCCAUUCAAUGUCAUGAACAACCCAAUGUACUGGGGAUCAACUUUGAACUUCUUGGGAUAUUCAUUAAGACAGUGCAGCCCAGCAGGUGUACUCUUAACUACGCUAGUUGCCAUUUGUUACAAGAUAGCUUUAUUAUUUGAGGGGCCUUUCACUGAGAACAUUUAUGCAGAAAAGAAAUUGAGAGAAGAAAAGGAAGAGUGAAAAUGGAUAAAUUAUGAUAAUUUAUUUUGAUCCCACUAUGUUAUUUUAAUGUUUAUUUACGAACUAGAAAGUAAAGCAGACAUUUGUAUGGAUGUCAGCAUAAAUAUAAAAUUAUUGCUAUGUUUUGGUAAAGUUAAGAGGACAAAGUAAUUUUGUACCCACUGAAGGUUUUAAACAAGACCCUUAAAGAGAUUGUGUAGGGACUACUUUCAGGUUAGACCUAUAAAUGGUUUACAAGUAACACUAACCAAGAGAGUUGGUGGAAAUUGAAAGAAAAAUUAUUAGUAAAAUAAUAUUCCUCGCACAAAUGUGUAUGCUGAUAGAACUUACAUUUGUUGAAUGUGCAACUCUUUUCAUUGCAAAAAUGACACUCAGUCUGGUAAUCUGAAAUUAUGGUUCAUAGUCAGAGAUGAUUAUCUACCUCAAAGGGACUUACUGCUGUAAUUUCUUUGUAUGAUCUUUUCUAAGUAGAAGCACAAGGCCAAGCUAAACUUUGCAAGAUGAUUAAAUACAUGAUCUUAUUUAGAUGUUUGUAUAAAAUAAUGUGCUGUGUGGCUAAUGUCCAGAAUCUGGUAUUUAUUAUCUUUAAUUUUGACCUUGUUGUGGGAAAUAUUUCCAGUUACAUCUGUGUGGAUAGUUUGGAGUUUAAUUAUUUUUUCAUGGAAUCACAUUUUUGAAUUUCUGAGUACAUUAUUUAGCAUUGCUCAUUAAUAUGUGAGUUCGUAGAAUGUUGGGUAUGAAAGUUGUGCUCAAUAUCCAGGUCCAAUCUGUAGUUUUGUAAAGACUUCAUUGUUUACACUGAUUAAAGAAAGUUAAUUUUUACUUUAGUGAAUGAGGUUAUCAGUUAAAUUGAUGCGAACCAUUAAGGUUAGAAAGAAUCAAAACUGUGUUGUUCCAUUAAAACUUCCAUGGCUUGACCCUGACUUUUAUUCCCCUGAGCAGAGCACUUGAGAAGAGAAAUGCAUGCUUUGCAUUGUGUUGUAAUUUUAGUGAGUUUGAGGACGGGAGAAGAAAGAUGAGGAAAACUGCAGGUGGUGUUUUUCUUGUUUCUUAUGUGUUCUUAAAAAAUCCAACAACACUGUAUGCUUGGUGUCUAAAUGUAACUGAGCUGCACACUGGAACGGCAGAAAUUAUCAUAGAAUACAACUUUUGUUUUAUUAAGCUGGAUUUUCUAACUCAUCACUUUGUCUGAAUUAACUGUAUCAUGUUAUCAUGAAGUUGUACAUGAAAAAGAAACAGAUCAAUAAAGUCUGAAUGAGAAUUUUAUAUUGAA